GAAUUUUCGGAAGCACCUCCGCAUGGUGGGGAGCCGGAGGGUUAAAGCACAAACAUUUGCCGAACGGCGUGAGAGGAGCUUCAGCAGGUCCUGGAGUGACCCGACUCCCAUCAAAGCUGAUUCCUUCCAUGACUCUCGAGAAAGCCAUGAUCUUCAGGAUUCCUGCGGCACUUUGGAUGGUGACUUUGACUUGAACUGGGAAGCAGAAAAGGAACUUGAAGCCAUGGCAUGUGACGGAGAGGACUUUGUUCCACCAAAAAUAAUGCUCAUUUCUUCCAAGGUGCCCAAAGCAGAGUAUGUCCCGACAAUUAUCCGCAGGGACGAUCCCUCUAUCAUCCCCAUUCUCUAUGACCAUGAACAUGCCACCUUUGAUGACAUCCUAGAGGAAAUAGAGAAGAAGCUUAACAUUUAUCGGAAAGGCUGCAAAAUCUGGAAGAUGCUGAUAUUUUGCCAGGGAGGUCCUGGUCACUUAUACUUGUUAAAGAACAAAGUUGCCACUUUCGCCAAAGUGGAGAAGGAGGAAGAUAUGAUCCUCUUCUGGAAGAGGUUGAGCCGGCUGAUGAGUAAAGUCAAUCCUGAACCAAAUAUCAUUCACAUCAUGGGCUGCUAUGUUCUUGGAAACCCCAAUGGGGAGAAGCUAUUUCAGAAUCUGAAAAACUUAAUGAAUCCUUAUAGGGUUGCCUUUGAGUCUCCACUUGAACUAUCAGCUCAAG